UGUUAUCUCUGGCAUUGCUGGGUCACCAGGACAUUUAGCAGUAACAUGAAAAACCCCUGAGGAAAUGCUACAUAACUGCUCCAGACCUAAUGGCAAAACAAUAGGAUCUGCAAGAAUUGCUUCCAAUAGCCUGCUCCAGGUGUCAGCACCUCCUAGCACACUAACCUCACAAACAUCUAGCUGUGGCCAGUUCCUCUUCUGCUGCCCCAGAUAAGGUUAAAUGAUCAUCAACAGCUCAUACAAGAGGAUUCAACACCCCUCCAGUCCCCAGUACAAAUGCCUGUUCCCUGAAUCCCAGUGUGGGUCCAGGAGAGAGUGGCCCGCACUCUAGAACAAGGCCCAGCAGCAGCUCCGCGCUUGCCAUCCCUAGGGUGGCUCGGCCUCCAGGUGGAGCGUGCCAGAGAGAGGAGGAGCUUUUGCAAUCCAGCCCCACUGCUGCAUUUACUGGGGGCCGUGGGAAAGCAUGGAGGCUGCAAGCAGAUUGCUCUGCAGAGUCUCACUGCUCCUUCUGUGGCUCCAGCUUGGGCUAAGGCAGACUCGAGUGGUGCAGGCGGCUCCCCCAGGCUUUAUAGAGAGCAGCUGCCCUUCCAGGAUCUUUUGGGUGAAACUGGACAAACGCUUCCUGCAGGGAAAGUUCUUCAGUCUGGAGCUUGUGGACCCCUCUGGUGGCACAGUCCUGCUUGAUGAGAAAUUGGCUGCUCGCUGUGGUUAUGUCCUGUCAGAAGAUGUGUGGGGCAAUACUAUCUUCCGGGCUUCUGUGCUUGGCUGUCAUGUGGCAAAUCAGGCAGAUGAAUUGUUUUCUCUUACUAUAAACAUAAAGGUGUCCUCAUCUCCAGACAUGAGGCGAGCUGCAACCUACACCUACCCUAUGUACUGUACAUAUACUCCUUGGGCUCCAAGAGAAAUUGUAUGUGAAGAAAACUAUAUGGAGGUGUCGGUGAAGAGUGAUGUUCCUGUAAUUUCAGACGAUGACACUGCAACAUGGAUGUCAGCUCUGCCAGAGGUUCAAAAAGUUGAAUACCAGGUAUGGCAACUGAUCUUUCUUUCUCCUUCAGGGAGAAAGAAAAUAAUGGUAAGCGACGCAGCCAAACUGGGUUACAGCUUCAAUAAUACACUGGCUCGAGUGUUCCUCCGUGCUCCAUAUUCCACCAAUGAAUCUAAACUUGCAGUGGUUAAUGGUGUGAGUAUGAACAUAGUCAGUUCCACUUCCAUGUACAAGCAGAGGUGGAUGCUUCUGUUGAUUGACACAACUGUUGCAUGUCCUAUCGAUGGCACCAGCUUCACUGAUACUGCUAUAACUUGGACUGUGCCAAGCAUUAUCCCUACACUAGUGCCUCAAGAACCCACCUUCGCGUCCAAAAACAUUUCAGUGGGAGUUGAUGGCCAAAGAAUAAUGCACCCUGAACAGAAUUAUAUUCUGGAACACAACAAGACACACAUUCGAAUGACUAUCCCCAUUGGAGCAGCUGGGGGCAGAUUAAAGAGCACUGUAGCCAAUGGAGUCCAUGGCAUAAUCUAUAGUAUCAGCUUAUUCUUGGAGCACACUUGGACAGAUGUAGAUUGGCAUAUGACUAAGUACACAGUGAUCAAGCCCAUCACUACACCUUUCAUGCCUCGAAUACCAACAGUCAUCAACAAUACUCUUCCAGAGAAGAGAAUAUUUGAUGUUGCAUUUGGAUCUUUUCUUCCUGACGUCUCUCUGGUGACAAUCACAAUAGGAAAUGUGCCACUUUCCCCAAGAGAUGCAGAACAUCAUGGGUACAAAGUUUAUGAAAUUACUUUCCCCAAUGGAACAAAGGGAUUUAACUUAGAAGUGCCUUUUGAUGAUCCUACUGUUCUGAAGGAGUACGUGAAUAGAAAUGAAACAAAAUAUACCCUCCAUGUUAACUAUACUCUAGAUGUGGGUCCUGAAAUGAAACCAUAUAAUCAUCCAGCAGAAGUAGAAUGUGUGGUUGCUGAUAUUGAACUACCAGAAGCAGUUGGUUACUGUGAUAAAGAGAACCUGUAUCUAGCAGUUCCCGUUUCAGCUCUGUAUCAGUACUGGAACCUGUACAUCGGUAACAAACUUCUGAAUCAGCAAACUGUGCUCUCAAAUAGGCAUCUCCUGACUACCAAUUCUACCCAUCUGGUGUUGCAAGUACCUCUGUUUACUAUGGGGAUUAUCUAUGAGGAAGUGUCCUUUCAGAGACUCAAAACUAGGUUUGAUCUUGCACUCAGGAAAGCAAAUACUCUGGAGACCAUAAAAACAUUCUCUGUGAGCUGCAAUUUUAAUUCUUCAGAAUUUAUAGUGUGCUACCCUAAUGGAACUGUAACAGUAUCUGCCCCAAUGAAGACUAUUCCUUCCAUUGAUAUGGGCAAAACAAAACUGAAAGACAGCACCUGCAAGCCCAAAGAAUUUAAUGAGGAACAAGCCUUCUUCCAGUUCCAUGUCUCCACUUGUGGCACUUCACUAAAGUUUGAAGGUGAUCACAUUAUUUAUGAAAAUGAAAUAUCUUAUGAGAAAGAGAUUCUCCCAGCAUGGGGACCACCUAAAAUCACAAGAGAUCCAGAUUAUAGAUUGACAGUCUUGUGCUAUUACCCAACAAAAGAGAGACUGAUACAUACUGCUAUGGUUAGAAAUCUACCUACAAAUGGAUCCCCUCGUUUUGGCUAUGGUACAAUGAUGGUGAGAUCAAGUGUUGCAGAACACAGAAGGACCAGACAAGUUCUGAAUAUAAUCGCAAGGGUAUCCAAAGAUGAAUCUUUUAUGGAACUUUAUGAACCAAAUUUGACAAUAGUUCAAUCUUCCUUGGAGCCCAUGUUUUUUGAGGUAGAGCUAAAAGAUGAGGAACCCGAUGUUGAAUUACACUUGAAUAACUGCUGGAUGACUUGGUCUGCAGACUUCGAAAGCACCUCACAAUGGAACAUUACUGUGGAUGGCUGUGGGAACGAAAACAACAAAUGUGUUACAGAGUUCUAUCCAGUAUCUGUUAGUAGGAGAGUGAAACAUCCCACUCACUUUAAAAGAUUGGCAGUAAGGAUGCUGAUACCUCUGCUGGGACAGGUGCACUUGCACUGCACAGUCACAAUCUGCUCUCCUCCUAAAGUAUCAUCUGGCAACAUUGGGACCUGUGGAGGCUGGUGUGAUCCUACCAGGAAGAGGAUGGAUCAGCACUCUGAACCAUAUUCUGGUCUCCAUGGUUAUGUAUUGGCUGGGCCAGUAUGGAUUGUUCAUCCUGAACCAACUGAGGAGAAAAACAUACAGGACUAAAUUAGAUGCUGACACAUAAACUUGCUGUCUAAUGGACUCCUCCUGUGUCUGAUCAUAGCUGCUUUAUUAUUAUUUCAUAAAUUGAUUUUCAUGAAGGGUAAAGUGCAAAUCUGAAACAUCAGCUAAAAAUAUUGCUUCAAUACACACAAGCUAUUGUAAAUAAAUAAUUACACAGAACAUGUGCCUAACAGGAUCCCUACGUUUAUGGUUUGUUCCCUGUAAAAUUUAACGGGCUGUGCUCUCUUCUCUCAGUACAAACUCUCAGCCUGGAUACUGAUGCAUCUAGUGCUAGCACAGGCUUAAUAUAAACUAGAUACUCAAAGGAAGGGGUCUCCCUUGCCUGUACCUGUCAGUGUACAAUAACAGCAACUGUGCAAAAGGGAGAAUGGAUUCCUAUCCUCACUAAAACACCAACUCAUCCACUGUCAAGUUCUCUAGUGUACGUACGUACGCGCA